AUGCACAACUGCCUCAGGCACAGUGGUGGGCUGGGAAAGGUCCUCAAUGUGGUGACACAUGACCAUUUCAUGCAUCCUGAUGGCCUUACUGCGGCUUCUUCAUGGAAAUUCAUUGCAGUGAUUCUGUGCAUCAUUUGCCUGGUACUUCUUUUGUCUGUUGGAAUCUUAGCCAUAGAGUUGAAUCAGAAGUCAUUUCAAGCAGAAGGAUGUCCAGGAAAUCUCUCCUUCAAGGAAGCAAAUAAAACAGUUUGGAAAUAUCCCACAUGUUCAAGCAACUGGCAUCAGCGUGGAGAAAACUGUUACUAUUUUUCAAGAAACAUGUUUCCUUGGAAAGAAUGUCAACGUUAUUGCAUUGGUUUAGAUUCAAGUUUCCUUAAAUUGAAUAUUGAAGAAGAGAUGAAUUUUGUAAUGAAAUUGUCAAAAAUGCAAUGUGAUAUGCAUCAAGAAAAGUUUUUGAUCUGUUUAUACUACAACAGCAAACAGCUGAAAUGGGUUUGAUUAGAUGGCACACAUCUUACCCUGGACAAGGUAAAAUAAACUGAAUGUUUAUCACUGAUUUAAUCAUACAGUUUACAAGAUUCACCUCAAUAUACUGAGAAAAGAAGACAAACGGAAUAUAGGACUUAACGGUUUUCUCCACAUUUACUUGUGAUUAAUGUAGGUCUUCUCUUCGGCCGUCGUGUAGAAGUACCACGUUUUACCAGCUCAAAGUUGUAAUUAGGGAAUUCACUCAUCUCUGGAGAAAAACAAUUCAGGUCAAUGUGAGUCAUGGCCUUUCUGCCACUUGGGUCAUAAAUUUUUACAACUUAACUUGCCAUUUCCAUUCAUAUCCUUUUAAAAGUACAACAUCAAGUCACUUUUGUUUUAUAUUACUUCGUUAUUACGAUUUUAUACUUUGUAAUAUAAAUAAAAUUAUAUUUAAGCUAUGGCAAAUUAUCUUUAGCAAGAUCUUAUGUAGUGUUAA